CGUUCCUAAAGUGAAAACUCGACGGACGACUUGGCGGCCGAAAAGACGCGGCGAGGCGCCCAACAUUACCCGCCACCAUGUCUGACGCGGACGAGGACCUGGUGGAGGCGUCCGACGAGGAGGGCGAGAACAUAACAGCCUCGGAGGUGCUGCGGAGGCUGGAGGAGGCCUGGGUCACCGAGAGGAUGUCGCCCACACUGGAGCGCCACCAGAGGGACCUUGUGGACUGCAUGAUUGAUCAAGUGGAUCAGAUGACAGAGAACCUCAAACGGUGCAAGAAGCAAGACUUCCGGAUGGCCAUUCACAAGAUGGAGAUUGACAGAAUACGUUAUGUUCUGAGCAGCUAUCUGCGUGUGAGGCUGGAAAAAAUAGAAAGGUAUGCUCAUCACCUUUUAGAAAAGGAUGCAGCGCUGGAAGACCAAUCAGAAGCUAUUCUAUCGCCUGAGGAGACACUUUAUGCCCAGAGCUAUGUAGCCAACAUGGAGGCACAUUUCCAGAAGCUUGUGCUGCAACACGUGCCAGACACUGUUCGAAAUUUUGAUGUUGCCAAAAUGAGCAACAAGCCUAAUAUAGAGAGUUAUAUUUUUCUACGAGUGAAAGAAACCACCACAGGAGUCCUUGUGGAGGAUGAAACUGGAGAUGGAAGGGAUGAGGAAGUGGACUUGAUGGAAGGCAGCCAGUACCUGAUGCGCUACACUACUGUAAAGGACCUUCUAAACUCAGGGGCUGUUGCCUUCAUAUAAUGUAACUAGUUUUAGCUAUCUCAAAUACUGUGUGGUAGAAUAUUUUAUGGGUAUCAUAUAUCUCUCUAAUGCCCUGUCCCCUCUUGGGAACUUCCUUCAAGGGGUGACUAUGGCAGGAGUGUCUCCAGUUUUUCCUGUUUCAGUACUCCUCAGUACAUUCAGUCUCACACCUGCAAACUCUCUCCAAUAGUUGUCCACUUUAUUGAUCCAUUUAUCUGCCCCUUGAUACCCUCUCCCUCGAUCCUGGCGUCACACACUCUUCACAUAAUCAUCGUCAUUCACAUGGACAUUAGGUACAUGAACUUUUAUGGCUUGUCGCUGUCAUCCAUAUUCAUAAUUGUUGUGCUACUUUCCACGUUCAUGUCUCUGAUGCAUAUAAAAGUGGAUAAUGUUAUCUCUUAUAACCCUUUACCCCUAUGCUCACAUUUCUUCCUUUCAUGGUUCUUUCCAGCACACCAGUUACUUGUAUGCUCAUCACUGCUAUUGUAGUUCCUUCUUCCAGAAGUUACACUUUUUCCUUGCAAUAUGAAUGAUCUGCUCUCUUACCCUUUCAUAUACCAUUACUCUUGCCUACAUUUAUUUUUGACUGUCUCCUCUUACACAAUUACUUUGUCAAAUUCUUUCACAGUGCUCUGCAGCAUCCUAUAAUUGUCUGCCAACAGCACUGUAUUACCUGUAAAUAAGUUUGCCACCAUGGACACCUGUACUCUGGGUUUCAGACUUUCAACUAAAUCCCCUAAUCUUGUAAUGUAUUGUAUACAUUGGUAUUAUUUAAGGAACCAACUAUGUGGUGUUCUCAAUUCCUCUGAAUUGAAUCACACUUUGAGAAAGACCUGUAAUUAGGUUUUAGCCAUUAUAACUGGUAAAUAUUGUGCCUUGGCUUCUUUCCAAGUAAGGUUUGUAAGCCCUGUACAAGCAGGUUAGUGGAUUUAUUUUUAUACUUGUUUCCUAAAUCAUGUUUACACUGUAGGGUUUCCAUAGGUGGUAAAGCUCCCUGGGAGUUUUGGAGGUUAGGACUAUAUGAAAAUUAUUCAAAAUGGGAUAUGAUGUGUUUCUAGUUAUUGUCAAAAUGCAUGUGAUAAUUAGUAAAACUCCAUUUUAUAUAUA